AGUUGGAAAAGUUGUGAGCUGCUUGCACGCCUUCCCACUGCUGCUCCUCCCCCGUUCACCAUCCACCCACCCGCCCCGGGGUGAUGAAGAGGUUAAGCCAGCCCCUCUCGUCCUGCGAGCAGCUCCACUCCUCCGCUCCAGCAGGCAUGGCCACAUCCCCGCUGUAAGCUGGCGUGCUCUUGCAUGGAGAUUUAAAGGGAACUUUGUCGCCGUCCCCUGGGUUCCAUGUGUGGGGGGCGCCAUGGCCAGCCCGAGCGAGCAGCAGGAUUAUUUCCGAUCGGUUAGCAACGAGUCCACCACCUACAUGAUGGUUCCGGCCGGGGCCGGGGCCGGGGCCGGGGGACCCGGCGGCGCGGGGCGCCGGGAAGCGCCGUCCAAGAUGUGGGUGGCCCUGGUGGUGGCGGUGGUGGUGGUGCUGCAGGUGGCGUCCACCACGGGGCUCUUCGUCUACCUGAACAUGUCCAUCUCCCAGGUGCGCAGUCAGGGGGUGACGGAGGAGCUGAAAUGUCUGAGCUUACUCAACGCUCUGGACCAGGACAUCCCGGAGCAGCUGGCCCAGCUCCUGGGAGAACCUUGCAUCAAGCUGGCCGAGGGCAUCAAAGCCUACAUCUCCAAGGUGACUGAGAACAUCAUCUCCAAACAAACCUUUAUGGUGGCCAGGACCAUGCCUCGCCCUUUCAACAACUCGGGGUCCAAGUUCCUGAGCUCAGUGGUGCAAAGGCCUUCGGCCCACUUGACCCUGCGGGACACCAGUUCUCAAGGGUACCCUCCGCCGGGACUGCACCAGUCCUGCCGCCACGUGGUGCGCUCGUGGGCCAAUCGGAGCUUGGGCGCCCACCUGCACAACAUGACCUUGAGCAACGGCAAGCUGCGAGUUCCCCAGGAUGGCCGCUACUACCUGUACUCGCAGGUGUACUUCCGCUACCCGUCGCCCGCCAGCGGCGACGCGGACCAGCGCAGUGUCAGCCACCAGCUGGUGCAGUGCGUCUACAAGAAGACCUCCUACCCGAGCCCGAUACAGCUUCUCAAGGGGGUGGGCACCAAGUGCUGGGCGCCCGACGCAGAGUACGCACUCCACUCAGUCUACCAAGGGGGACUCUUUGAGCUAAGGGCCGGCGACGAACUCUUUGUCUCCGUCUCGUCGCCAACUAUGCUCAACGCCGACGAUUCCUCCAGCUACUUCGGCGCCUUCAGACUGGACCUCUGAGCACCGGGGUUAACGGUGGAGCCUGUAGAACCCGCUAACCGGAGAAGGACUGAGGCCCGGAGGUUGAGUUUACCGGUUUGCUCGGAAGGAUACGUGGACGGACUCGACAUGAGCAUAAAGGAGGGACAAAGUCCCAACAACUCUUUGAGCCAAAGCAAACCAGAAGAAACGAGGCUGCUGAUGAACAUGUUUUGAUCCUCCGGGAAGGAUUUCUUUUUUUGCCGCGCAAUAAUGAAUCUGCUGCUGGUCUUGCUCGGGGAUCCUUAGAUAUGGACUCCAGACCAAAGAAUGUACAGACAAUAAAACGAAGGAAAGCGGAGCAGAAAUCGCAUGUGCCGGGACAAUUGCGUUCAUACAAAUCAGUGAAGGCUGGUGAUUUCAAAAGUCAUCCAUGUGUUCGUUUACCUUUUACAGUUUAAGGCUACUUGUGGUUGUCACUGAGAACCUUUUAAGGCCCCUGCCGGUGAGGAAGAGGAGGAGGAGGAGGAGGAGGAGGAAGAGGACGGUAGAGCAGACUGAGCCAGAUGACGAAGGGGGGGUGGGGGGAAACAAAACAAAAACUACGUUGAGGCUCACCAGCAGCCGGACCAGUUUAGCCUGGUCUCUUUUUCACAUGUAAAUAGCACAACGCCAAUGACAAAUCUGGUCUUUCCUGCAGAACCUGCAAAGCCCAACAUGGAACAUUUGCACAAGUUCCACUCAAGUUUACAUUUGACAAUGUCCAGUACUCAAUAAAGCAAAAAAGGUUUUCAAAGGAA